AUGCCAGAAAUGCAGCUGCGCAGCCUGGCCCUUGGCACAGCGACUGCCGGGGCUCUCAUUGCUCUCCGCUCCGCAGCGCUGAAGUGGGCGACGAGCAAAGGCGCUGCCACUGUUGGGCCCAGAUGGCUCGCCGUUUGGUUGAGCAUCCAGCUUGGUCGUGUAGCCAACCUUGUCGGCGUCGACUUCGAGACAAAUACCGCAGAGAAGUGGCAUCAUGAUCCUCAGCA